CCGACGUCGCCGUUGGCCACCCCGUCCGAACGCUCGCUCACCGCUAGAGCUCUCCACCAACCCACCUGCUCCCCCCCCCCCCCCCCCCCUCGGCUUUCAGAAGCCUCGGCGAGCGGCGGCGAUGGCGCGGAAGAAGAUCCGGGAGUACGACUCCAAGCGCCUCCUCCGGGAGCACCUCAAGCGCCUCGCCGGCAUCGACCUCCAGAUCCUCUCCGCGCAGGUCACACAAUCAACGGACUUCACUGAGCUUGCAAACCAGGAGCCAUGGCUCUCAUCUAUGAAGUUGGUCGUGAAGCCUGACAUGCUGUUUGGUAAGCGUGGGAAGAGCGGACUUGUGGCCCUCAACCUAGACCUUGCCCAAGUUCGCCAAUUUGUUAAGGAGCGGUUGGGAGUUGAGGUUGAGAUGGGUGGCUGCAAAGCUCCAAUUACAACCUUCAUAGUUGAGCCGUUUGUGCCCCAUGAUCAAGAGUACUACCUUUCAAUUGUAUCAGAAAGGCUUGGCUGCACCAUUAGUUUCUCUGAGUGUGGAGGUAUUGAGAUUGAGGAGAACUGGGACAAGGUUAAGACAAUCUUUCUUCCCACAGAGAAGCAAAUGACACCUGAUGCAUGUGCUCCGUUGAUUGCCACCCUGCCACUGGAGGUCCGCACAAAAAUAGGUGAUUUCAUUAGAGGUGUAUUUUCUGUUUUCCAAGACUUGGAUUUCUCAUUUCUUGAGAUGAACCCAUUUACCUUGGUAAAUGGUGAACCAUAUCCUCUGGAUAUGAGAGGAGAACUAGAUGACACAGCCGCUUUCAAGAACUUCAAUAAGUGGGGUAACAUUGAGUUCCCUCUACCUUUCGGAAGAGUUCUCAGUCCCUCAGAAAGCUUUAUCCAUGAACUGGAUGAGAAGACAAGUGCUUCUCUGAAAUUCACAGUAUUGAACCCAAAAGGACGCAUUUGGACAAUGGUUGCAGGUGGUGGUGCUAGUGUCAUAUAUGCUGAUACGGUUGGAGAUUUGGGUUAUGCUUCAGAGCUAGGAAAUUAUGCAGAGUACAGUGGAGCUCCCAACGAGGAGGAGGUUCUGCAGUAUGCUAGAGUGGUUCUGGAUUGUGCUACUGCUGAUCCUGACGGUCGCAAGAGAGCCCUUCUCAUUGGAGGAGGUAUUGCUAACUUCACUGAUGUUGCUGCCACAUUUAGUGGCAUCAUUCGGGCUUUAAGAGAGAAGGAAUCCAAAUUGAAGGCCGCAAGGAUGAACAUUUACGUCCGGAGAGGCGGUCCAAACUACCAAACCGGACUCGCGAAAAUGCGCACUCUUGGUGCGGAACUUGGUGUCCCAAUUGAGGUGUACGGACCAGAGGCGACCAUGACUGGGAUCUGCAAGGAAGCCAUUGAAUGCAUCAUGGCCGCGUAAACCACGUUGCGCAAUAAUCAAGAUCUUGGCUUGGGACGUGAAUGUGUAAUGCAGUUGUGGUGAUCCACCGGAUUGCAGUGUUCCUGGCCGUGCUGGCAUCCUAUACCGUCUCUGUUCUUUCGAGUGAAACAGAGAACGAUCAUUGUUGUGAGUAAACUCUACCUUUGUAACACAGUUACGCAAUAAUCAAGAUCUUGGCUUGGGACGUGAAUGUGUAAUGCAGUUGUGGUGAUCCACCGGAUUGCAGUGUUCCUGGCCGUGCUGGCAUCCUAUACCGUCUCUGUUCUUGUGUCGUGUGUUUCAGUGUGUUGGAGCCUUGUGCUGUGUAUUUCUCGGUUGAGACUCUACGGUUGUAGCCAGGCAAGGUCCUGAGAUUUUGGGGGCCAGGGACCGAAAUUAUAUGGGACCUUUUAAUAAUUAAAAAUGUUACUCCUUC